ACAUUUUAUUGUCACUUUUAAUGAGGAGGCACAGUAUCUCGUAACAUUACUGAAAGAAGAAGGAAAAGGAGUAUCGAUUAUCAAAGAUUUACAGGAAUUUUUACCUGUACAUACUUUAAACGCGAUAUGCUAAAUGGCUAUGGGAAUCUCUUUAAGAGGAACGGGCGAAUUUGAAACUAAAUAUCGCCAUGCCGUUCAUGAUUUCGGCAGAAUAGCGGUCUAUAGAAUAGCAAGACCAUGGUACCAUUCCGAUACAAUAUUUGCAUUAUCGCAACGUGGUAGGCAACAAAAGAAAUUAUUGAAAACGCUUCACGGUUUUUCAAAAAAGAUAAUAGCAGAAAGAAUACUAUUUCACGAACAAACAAAGGGGAAAUAUUUACAAAAUGUUGAAGAAAUGGAUGAGAAUCUGAUUUUUUACGAAGAAAAUAAUAAAGAUCCCGUAUUUAAAGGAAGACUGGCUUUGCUAGACCUACUCAUAGCCGCUUCUCAGAAUGAUAAUCAACUCGAUCAAGAUGGAAUACGAGAAGAAGUCGACACCAUUAUGUUUGCGGGUUACGAUACUACGGCAAUGGCGUUAUGUUUCGCUCUGCUUCUUUUUGCAAAACACAAAGAUGUUCAGGAACGUAUAAGAAAUGAAGUGAAAACGGUUAUGCAACAAAGCGAUUGUAAACUAACUAUUCCGAUACUUCGAGAAUUUUCGUAUUUGGAAAGAUGUCUUAAAGAAUCACUACGUUUAUAUCCAAGCAUUCAUUUUAUAGCUCGAUAUAUAUCUCAAGAUCUGCAGUUGAUAAAUCCUGAUGUUUUCGAUGCGGAUACAUUCUUACCGGAAAAUACAAAUGGACGUAACCCUUAUUCCUUCAUUCCAUUCAGUGCAAGACCAAGAAACUGCAUCGGGCAGAAAUUCGCAAUGCUUAAACUCAAACUCAUAGUAGCUUACAUAUUGCACAACUUUUAUUUGGCACCUGUAGAUGAACUGGACGGAGUUAAAAUGAUGGGAGAUAUUAUAUUGCCCUCAUCGCAACCACUUCGUGUCGAAUUUAUACCUAUAAAAUAACAGUACGUCAUCUUUACCGGAAUUGCAUGCAUCAUUUCGAUGAUGUGAUCUAUAAGGCGAAAUUAUUAUAUGUAUAAUUUUGAGAUACGAAACAUAAUUACACCUUUUUUUCCGCUUAUUUUUAAUCUCUGUAUGUAUUUUUUCUUUUCUUUCUCUUCUCUCAUUCCUUAUUUUGUUCAAUUCAUUCAUAACUGACACAGUUAUGUAACAUUCUUCAAUGUAUUAAUUAAUCCGAUUAGUAUUGUUUGCUAGAUUCCAUUUUGCCUUCAUCAUGUCUCGAAAAAAAUAAAAAAAAUUUAUCAGCUCGGGAACUUGUCUCCUUCAUUUUCUCUUUUUUUU